ACAAACUUGAAACAAGCUGGGCCCAUUUGAGUGGUGGUGAGCGGAAAUCAUCUACUCUGUUCCACAAGCGACUUUAGCUUCUGCCAUUGUCAAGGCCUCAGGGGUCACUAAAAAUCCAGAUUUUGCUUUUGCCCCUGAUGGAUAAUUAAAUCAGAGAAGAAGCGAUCUGUGCAGUUUUCAGCUAGAAGUCCCAAUCACAAUGAUUCACAUAUCGAGAAGAAAUAUACAGGCUAUCAGCACCCUCGCUGCCUCCUGGGCCACAAUCUUGUUGGCCAUAGGGAUCAUUAUGGAUGAUUGGGCCGAACUGACCCCUGAUCAACAACAGACAAAGGUGAACCACAGUCCGUGGAUGGAAUGCUGCACUGCUACUUGGCCGGAAGAUGACCUGGCGAAGAUCAGGAUGAUAAUGGUUGCGGUCCUCAGCAUUUCCUUCUCCCUUAACUUGAUCCUAGCUCUGGAAUACACCUACAUGAUUCCUCACAACAUGUGCUUGCACCUCUUUACUGCCACUGCAGGUUUUGCCUCAGGCAUCCUUCUGGUCAGUGCACUGCUACUAUACCACCAAAAGCUAACGCAAGGUGAAUCCGUGUACUUCAUUAAAUUCAAGGUCUCCCUGGCCAUUUUCAUUGCCUACGUAAAUGCUUUCUUCUUUUUUGUCACUGGAUUCUUCUCCAUCCUUCAGUGCAGACAGUUCACACAUUGCUGCAGCUGCCUGUGUAUCAUUGAUUCUGACAAAGACCGUGAGACUACACACACACCCAAGCCUUCUGUCCAGAUGACAUCGUUGCGAGAACGCACUGUCACUCCUCGCAGCAUUGUCCGUGCACACUCCUCCAUCAGCUCAAAGGACGUUAUCCCCAGCAGAUCACAGGUCCAAUCACGCCGCGUCACCUGGGCUUUAUGAUUUGACAAUCCUUAUCUUUCACUAUGUGCCCAUUUUCAUAUACAACAGCCUGUAACUGCACACCACGUGUGUUUCCAACCAUCUGCCUAUGUGACUUUAUGUAAAUGACAGAAUAGUGUGGAGAUCUGUAGAAAGUUCCAGAAGAUGACCUUAUUUUUUUAUCUUGACAUGUUAAACCAAUAAUUUCUCCUAUAACAUGUGUUGUUAAUGUAAUAAAAAUUACCACAC